UAUUUAUUUUGAGCAAACAAAGGAAAUAUUUUUGUGUGGCGGCGACAAACGAAAAUAAGAGAAAAAGGAAACCGCAAGUUUUUGUCAAUUUGAGAAACCAAAACAAAACACAAAAAUAUUUAAGAGCUGAAAAACACAAGACAUGGAAUUUAGAAUCUGAAUGUUUUUCCGGGCAGGAUCGAAUCGGACAAGGACAUAACCAGCCAGACAAGGAUUCCUUGGAACUCUGCCCGCCUUUCCGCUUCUGUCGUCUUUUCCGUCAAAGGUUGCGGAGAUAUAUAAUUAUAUAAUAUACCCUUUAAAGAUUUUUGGGGAACUUUGUUACUGGGAUAACCAAGUGCAAUAACCAUUUUGAUUAUCUAAAUAUCUGAGAUUUAGUGUGGCGGGGUGAAAACCCUUAGCGAAGUGGCUCACACAUGUGGCCUUCGUAUUUUUUAUUCAAUAAGAUUCUUAAGACAGAAGAUGAAGAUGUAUCGAAUGGUGAACAUUCAGGCAUGGUAGAACCCUACCCAUGUGAACAUCCGUUGCCCUGCUCGCACUUUGUUGAAGUCCCGCACAUAAACCAGCAAGAUUCUUGGGAUUGCGGCCUCGCCUGUGUUCUUAUGGUCUUUCGGACCCUUGGCAUAGACAACUGCGAUAUUCAGACAUUGGCAGAGCUAUGUCACACAAAUAGCAUUUGGACCGUUGAUCUAGCAUUUUUACUACAGAAGUUCUCUAUCAGUUUUUCCUACUACACAGUGACAUUUGGAGCAAACCCUAAUUAUUCUGGCGAGACAUUUUACAAGGAGCAAUUACCUAAUGAUCUGGAGCGAGUUGAUAAUCUAUUUCAAAAAGCACUAGAAGCCGGAAUUAAUAUACAGCGCAGAUCAAUAAGUCGAGAAGAAAUUUGUUUCUCGAUUUUGUCCGGGAAGUACAUUGCCAUUGUUUUGGUUGAUCAGUAUAAAUUGAGGUCUUCUCCGGACGAUGUUUUUGUCUCAGACUAUUGUGUAAGCAACUCUGGUUACACAGGUCACUAUGUCGUCAUAUGUGGGUAUGACACUACUGCAGAUGAGUUUGAAAUUAGAGAUCCGGCCUGUUCAAGGAAAAAUGAGAGGAUCUCCUCAACGUGCUUAGAAGAAGCCCGCAAAUCCUUUGGUACCGAUGAGGAUCUUCUCUUGAUAUCUCUGAAGAAGAGUGGGAAGCAAAAUCGCCCGGGAACACACCAGUGAUUGUAUUGAUUGCUAACAUCAAUUGUCAGUCCCCAUGAAAACGAAGAAACAUAUGUAUUACAAGUUUUUUCGUAUUUAGGAUUAGCAUGUACGAUAUAGGGAAAAAUUGUUUCUCUAUUGAUUUUAAAAUCACAGUAUGUAAGCUCCCGAAUUGGUAGGAUGGACGUGCAAACCACCAACGGACAUAAUUGUACAUCAUGUAACAUGUAUGUAUGUAUGUAUGUAUGUAUUCUGUACUACCAUCUCCAUUUCCAAACAGAUUCUUAUAUCUCAAUAAAUUAGAAUCACGUGACCCUUGA